AUGCCUUCUUAUUCGCUCCGAAGCACAUUUGCUACUUUACCAAGGACUACUCGAGGUAGACCCAUUGUGGUUGGAGCUGACCCAAAAGCGAAGAAUUUUCUUUAUACAAAUGGAAACAGUGUUAUUAUCAGGGAUGUGUCUAAUCCUACCAACUGUGAUAUCUACACAGAACAUGCUGUGAAUGUUAAUGUGGCCCAGUAUUCUCCAAGUGGGUUUUAUAUUGCAUCUGGAGAUGCUAAUGGCAAGAUUAGGAUUUGGGACACUGUCAACCCAGAACAUUGUUUGGCUCAUGAGUACCAACCUCUUGGUGGUGCCAUUAAAGAUAUUGCCUGGUCCCCUGAUAGCAAAAGAAUUGUAGUAGGUGGUGAUGGCAGAGAAAAGUUUGGUCAUGUAUUUUUGGCUGAUUCUGGAUCCUCAGUUGGAGAAAUCAUGGGACACAGUAAAUCUAUCAAUUCCUGUGACUACAAGCCAACCCGACCAUUUAAAAUUGUCACUGCUGGAGAAGAUCAGCAUACCACCUUCCUUGAGGGACCUCCCUUUAAAUUUGACAAAAUGCUUCGGGAACAUACCAAUUUUGUUAACUGUGUUAGAUACUCACAUGACGGUGAGAGAUUCAUUAGUGGUGGGGCUGAUGGUAAAGUUUUUGUCUAUGAUGGGAAAACUGCUGACAAUGUGGGAGAAUUGGGUUGCCCUGCCCAUAAAGGUGGAGUCUAUGCGUUGUGUUACAGUCCUGAUAACAGCCAGAUUCUAACAGUCUCUGCAGAUAAAACUGCUAAAUUGUGGGAUGCAAAUACUUAUGCUUUGCUCAUUGAAUUCACUUUGGGCAAAACAACAAACGAUAUGCAAGUGGGUUGUGUGUGGGUAGGAGAUUCAAUGAUCACCUUCUCUCUAUCAGGAUACAUUAAUUAUCUAGAUAAGAACAACCCAGAGAAACCACUGCGUAUUUUGAAAGGUCAUAAUAAGCCAAUAAUGGCAAUGGCUUUGGCAUCUGAUGGCAACUCACUCUUCACUGGAUGCAGCAGUGGUCAUAUUAAUUAUUGGGAUGCAAAUUCUGGUUUGAACGAUGAAAUUGUUGGCAAAGGUCACAGCACACAGAUUCAAGAUUUGACAGUGUCAGGUGACAAUCUGAUCUCUGUCAGCAUGGAUGACACAAUUCGAUUCACUUCCAUCUCCUCAAAGCAAUAUGGAACUUCUUCCAUUAAAUUAGAGUCUCAACCUCGUGCAGUUGCUAGCCACGGGAAUCUGACUGCUGUUGCCUGUAUUAACCAUGUUGUACUUUUGGAUGGGGAACGAGUUGUACUUACUGAACCUAUGAAGUUUGAGAGUUCAGCAAUUGCAUUCCACCCAAAUGGAGGCACACUUGCUGUUGGUGCAAAUGAUAACAAGGUUCAUUUAUAUGAAGUGAACAAUUUCACUUUGACAGAAAUCAAGUCAUUAGAAGAAAGUGGUUCUAUUAAAGACAUAUCCUUUUCACCUGAUGGACAGUACAUGACAUCUUGCAAUAGUGACAGGCGUGUUAACCUCUACAGAUUGCCUGAUUACUCGCGUGUCCAUGACUCCACUCAUCAUACUGCCCGAGUAAACUCUGUCAGUUGGAGUCCAGACAGCACUCAUUUUGUUACGGGUGGAAUUGACAGCAACAUCAUUGUUCAUAACCCUAAAGAAUGGAUGUCACCUUUAAUUAUCAAAGGUGCCCACAAAAUGAGUCAGGUGAAUCGUGUUCUCUGGUUGAAUGACAAUGUUGUCAUAUCAGUUGGUCAAGAUAUUUUCACCCUCCCCACUCUCUCCCCCCACCCACCUGCCUCACUUAUAUCUAUCUUUCUCUCUUUCAAUGAUUGUCUUUAUUUUCUUUAA